AUACCAUUGAAGUUUCUAGCGUGACAGCGUUCUUGUGUUGUGGUAAUGUGCGGUAUUAAAAUAAAUUGUAUAAAGUUCGAAUUUAUGAAAAUUUUCAUAGUUUUGAAUUGCCAUACAGAUCAGUAGUAAACUGAUGCACAUGUUUAACUUUUUGUAGUGUGUAUUUAUGGUGCUGUAGAAUUGAUAUUGGUAAAUGACGCAUCCUAAAUUACAGCUUUCUUGUUAUGUUAUAUUAGACUGCCUUCAUGUGAAUUGAGUGCGAUGCAUCCCGAGUUAUAAGGUAGUCAUAAGUUUUUGAUAUGGAGAGUGCCAAGAGAACACGUGGAAGAUCUAAAUCGAAGUCGCUCUCAGAAAGCGAACCAAAUACAAAUUCUGAAAAUUUUGGGAAGGAAACGGCGCCAAAUUUGAAUGGUGAUAGAGAUAGAGAAUCUGCUAUGGAUGAAAAAAUUGAUUCUGUAGACGAUGCUGGCAAAGAAAACGAAAUGACAGCUGAAAAAUUAGAGGAACCAUCUAUCGAAGAAGGAGCUAAGGUUCCGAAAGGAAAGAAACGUAAAGCUUCGGAAGUAAAAUCUGAAGAUGAAAAUGCCAAUGAAGAAAGUGUCUUACCGAAAGUAGAAAAUGCAAGCCCUUCGGUGGAGCCAGAUCCCAACGUGGAUAUUAAAGAAGAACCUGCCGAAGUAGAUUUCAAUGCUGAUCUCCAACUUCCCUCCAAACAAACUCUUGGCAAGGGUAAACGAGCUCGCAUCCCAAACAAAAGAUAUAGCGACAUCCCAAUGUCGCCCCAUAACAGACAAAAAUCGGCCGAGAAUGGAUCUGAACAAAUAGAAUCUGAAAAUGAUUCUCUCCUGAAAGAAGUUUCAGUGAAAGUAGAACCCCUCAGUCCAUCUGUUGUGUCACUGAAAUCUAGAACCAGUUCUGGUAGCCCAUUGAAUCCUCACAAAAGACAAAAGGUAUCUGUGGACUUAUCCGAUCCAAAAUAUCUGAAGCCGUUCAAUUUUGGUUGGAAGAGAGAGUUGGUGUGGCGAGCAACGAACGAAGUUGGCUCCAAAAGAAAUGGGGAUAUAUAUUACUAUACUCCGUCAGGAAAAAAAGUUCGUUCAAUGAGGGAGGUGUCUGAAAAUUUGAAAAACAAGGAAUUAUCUCUGGAUAACUUUACCUUCUUCAAGGAUUCCUUGGGUAUUGAUGACACAGAAAAGGAAAUUAUAAGAGAUGCUAAGAAGCCAACUCUAGUACCAUUGGCAAAGAAGGCACUACUGAAGGCAACAAAAACUCCAAAGAGCCCCAAAAUGCCGGCAGCAUCUCCUAAAGUCCUGAGCCCAAAGAUUUCCCCACCAAAAGUCGCUACCCCAAAGGUUACCACCCCAAAAGUCACCCCGAAAACUGUCACUACAAGACUCACCAGCCCCAGGAAAGCGGUCCUAAACGAGACAGCAGAUACUCCUGUGGUCAAACCCAAAGUAGUUAAAACCGCAGGAACUCUCAAGAUGAAACUUUCUGCUAAGAAGGAUGCUAAAACUUCUCCAGCUAAGCCUGCAGAGAAAAUGGAGGUAGAAAUAACCCCUGCUAGAACACCAUCUGUAAGGAAGUCUGGAAAGUGGUCAAAUUUUAAUCAAGAAGUGAACAAGCCGUGUCGACCCUGCUCCAUGAAGUGUGAGGGAGUGCGUGGUAUUGUACCGACGCUGCAGUGUAGACUGUGUCUUUGUCUGUACCAUCACGAGUGCUUAGGAUUAUCGACGGAAGUGUCACAGCCAUACGUGUGCAAGAACUGUCACCUAGAGAGUCAAGACCCCAAUUUGGCUCCACCAGCCACUUUGAGCGCGCCGCCUCCCCUCACCCCUAUUAAUACGUUGAAAACAGCUGGCGGGCAUUCCACCACUACCCUACCAAAACUCCAGAGAAUCCCCCGACCCGGCGACACUACCCCCCUCCCUCAUAUCGAACCUACCGCCCCGAACCCGCUCCCCGAACUCCCGAAACUAACACCGAGACCGGUUCAGUUGCCUGUCAUUGUGACGCAGGCUGUCAAAGCAACAGAGCAGUCUUCUGGUUCGGAGAACAGGUCCCUGGUGGGUUCCGUGACCACUUGGUUGCCACACAACUCCAAAAUAGUGGAGAGCACCAAUGAGGAGCUCACUGAGGCUUCUAGGCCACAGUAUGUCGAGUUUUUGGGAGGUAGGAAGUUCCUUGUCAUUCCCAAGAACAACUUUAUGUCAGUGUCGCCUACCGUGGCUGCUACAGCAGUCACCAGCCCGGAUGUUGAGGUCGUUCCCACUGAUUCUGCUCGGUUGGGAUCAGAACCUGUUCCCGAAAUCAAAGUAGAACCCGAAUCUCCCUCCAAACCCGAAAACUCCCAAAUGCCUGAAGCCAUGGAAGUAGACGGCGAGUCAUGUGAGAACAAGCAAAUUGAUGGUGGAGAUCCUCCCAGAGGAGAAAAUGGAGUCGAGGACCAGAACACAGAAGCCAAGACCCAAUCGACGCCCGUCGCCGUCAAAGCGAAGAAACGCACCAUCAAACUGAGCAGCAUCACCAAUGCCGAAGAGAAAGAAGAGAACAAGUUCAUGGAGAACUACCUGCAGAACCUCUCGUACGGCUACAAUACGCUUCUCUACGUGUUCCAGUACCUGAAAGUGCAGGAUCUCCUGCGAGCCGGUUGCGUCUGCACGAUGUGGCGGGACAUCGCCAGCCAUCCCAUGCUGUGGCGGACGGUGCGCAUGAAGAACUCUCAGGUGCACAGCUUCGAGGGGCUCGCCAACACGUUGAAGAAGCAUGGUACUAGGCACCUGGACCUGCGCAAGAUGCUGCUGCCGACGGGAGGCGACGAGAUCUGGCCUGAAUUCUCAAAGGCUAUUGAGAAGGUGGACACGCUCAGGAGGAUUGAGCUGUGCAGGUGUCCGGCGUCCGUCGUAGAGAAAUUGGCGGUGUCCAACCCACAACUGGAAGUCAUCAAUGCUGUGACAAUCAAGUGCGAGACCAUGGACUUGGCUCCGUUGAAGGCGCUCACUAAUAUCCGUGAGCUGCGGCUCAAGUCCACCGGAGGUUUAACACUCUCCUCUAACCUGGACUCGCUGAAGGAACUCAAGUUCCUGAAACACCUCUCUCUCACUUCGAUAGGCGACUUGGACCGCUUGAACCUGAACGUGAUUGGCGAGUUGACCAACUUGGAGUCGUUGGACCUGGGGGAGUGCACCGACUUCCCGAAGACCUUCGGCAGCGAUAUCCUCGUCAAGCUGCAGAAACUCGAGAAGCUACGGCUGGAGAAGGGUCAGGGUUUUUGCGAAACGUUUGAAAUACUCGACUCCGUCAAGGACAUGCCGAAAUUGGAGCAGCUCGAGCUGGUGAACUUCGACAUCAAGUCCGGCUUUGAUAAGGCUCUCGGAGCGUGCCAGAACAUCAGGAAGCUGCUUAUUAUUCCCACCUACAUCUCGCAGAGCGCCACCACCAACCACAUGGUACUUGGCGGUGUGCUGAGGUUGCAGAAAACGCUGUCGCACUUCGUGUGGGGCGUCACUCUGGAACUCCUGCGGGUCACGGAGUUGUUCGUUGAUCAGUGCGAGGAGCCGAAGGAGAAGAAGGAAAAGAAGCACGUUGGCAACGGAGACAGCAUUCCCGUGCUGAAACCGGUACCUCUACUGAUGGACAAGGGCAGCGAGAUUGCUCCUGCGCUGGAGCCUCCCCAGGUGGAGAUCCUGGCAUUGCCAAGCUUGCAGAAACUGCUGAUGCAAAACCUGCCAACGACGCGGGUCAAGAUCCUGAAAAUACCCUUUCACGCCACCUGGAGGCAAAGCAUUACCGACUCUGUGAACUAAGAAUAGGUUCUAUGACUAAGGUUUACUGUUUAGAAUAGGCAUGUACUAUUUUUAGAGUUAGUGAUCAGGAGAAUUUGCAAUUUUAACCCUUUUUUUCCACAGUUGGAACUUUUAUUUCAGAUUAUUACACCCUUGUACCGCAAAUUUGCUGAUACUUUUUAAAAGUGUAUAUGUACAUAUUAAGGCCAAAUUCUUUUUUUUUUGUAUAAUUAUGAAUGUUUACAUUACUACAGGUAUGUCUUGUUUUUAAGUAAAGCUAAAUUAUUUUGAAAACUUUUUUUGAAAAACUCGUAUGACUGGAAUGGUUUGUAUAUAUUUUUUUUCCAAAAAAUACAGACUUGAAAUCUG